AUGGAUGACAGCGAGGACCUCGCCACGGGCGCUGGAGGGGCAACUACAUCGGGGGCUGGAGGCGGAGCUGCUUUUCGUGGUUCUAGUUCUCCACCUUCUGGAAGGAAAUCGAAAAAGACCAGUCAACGAGGAGACGGAGGUGAAGAUCGCGCGACAAGUAGUACUAGCAAGGGCGUCCAAAGAUUCCUACGGCAACAUUCACAAGGACAACUAGGGGACAAAAAGAAGAAGAAUAGGGAAGAUUCUAGUACUUCACGACGUCAUACUGGUCGUGCCUCUCGGAACAAGGAAAGCUACAGCCGCGAUCUUGAUUUCGAUGAUGACAAGUACUCGACCUCUGUUGAUGACGACUUCCACCUCCAAGCAUCAGCAACGGGUAUGACAACGUCUUCUUCGAUUGAACUGCGUCAAGCCUUCCAGGGUAGAAAUGAAUUUUAUCGGUUGAUGGGCUACCUACCUGAUGCAGAGCGCCGAAAACGAGCUCAGCAUGCGCGCAGACGACAGUAUCGCGCUAGCCCAAUGUCGACGGUGUCAUCCUCGAGUAUUAUGGAUACUAGCGAAUAAGGAUUUAACAAGCAUGACGAUCUUAUCAUGUGUUUCGUUAUUCUAGAAAUCAGAGCUAGAAGAUCAAGAUAGUACUUGUGGUUUGAAGAUAUCCAAAACCAUCUCAGCCUUAGCUGGCUCUUCUUCUAAGAUCCCAAGGAACACGAGCGACAUGGAAUAUUCUUGUUCGUCAUCUUCGAGCGCCCUCUUCGCACCACGUCCACCGCCUGAGCCUCCAGGAAAACUGCGAACC